ACAGGAAGGAAAUAAGAAAGCUUCAGCUUCAGCCCAGCAGAUGAGAGUCACUCUGGACAAGAGCUCUGGAGACGGAGGAGCAAUGACUCUCCCGGGGGGAAAACAGAUUUUCUGUCUUUUAUGGGCCAUAAUUUUAUUAUCACAGUGGGUGCAUGGCCAGCACUGUAUCUGGUAUGGUGAAUGUGGAAACUCCACUCUAGAGGGCAAGAAGUUAAACUGCAAUUACACAGGCCCUCCUAAACCUUUACCUGAUGAAGGACUGGAACUGCUACAGGAACUCUGUCCUGGGCUGGUUUAUGAGGACAACAAGGUUUGCUGUGACACGCAACAGCUCACGACUCUGAAGAGCAAUAUCCAGAUCCCCCUUCAGUACCUGUCGAGGUGUCCAGCAUGUUUCUUCAACUUCAUGACCCUGUUCUGCGAGCUCACCUGCAGCCCCAGACAGAGCCAGUUCGUCAAUGCCACACAGUUCUCUGCAGACCCGCAGCUAAACAAAACCAAUGUGCUGAAGGUGUCCUAUUACAUCAGUCAGACCUUUGCCAAUGCCAUGUAUGACGCCUGCAGUGACGUCCAGGCUCCCUCCAGCAACAUUAAAGCCCUCAGUCUGCUGUGCGGGACAGACGCCAGCGAGUGCACUCCCCAGAAAUGGAUCAAGUACAUGUUUGACAUCAAAAACGGCCAGGUCCCCUUUGCUAUUGAGCCGGUUUUCUCAGAUGUACCCACCAUGAGCAUGACUCCCAUGAACAACGGGACGUUUAACUGUACGCAGUCUCUGGAUGACGGCUCAGGGCCCUGCUCCUGUCAGGACUGCAGUAAAGCGUGUGGUCCCACACCCGUGCCUCCUCCGGUCCUUCCUCCCUGGACCAUCCUCGGUCUGGACGCCAUGACCCUCAUCAUGUGGUGCUCUUAUAUAGCCUUCCUCUUCAUCUUCUUUGGUGUCGUGCUGGGAGCGUGGUGUUACAGACGGAGGAUGGUCACAUCUGAAUAUGGGCCUAUUCUUGACAGCAACCAGGCCUACUCUGUGAACUCUGAUGGCACAGAUUUUGUAGAUGAAGCUACUUGCUGCGAGACGUUGGGCGAGCGAUUCGAGAACAUGCUGCGUGUUGUCUUCAGCAGCUGGGGCUCGCUGUGUGUCCGCCAGCCCUUGACUGUGAUCCUGGCCAGCAUGGUGCUGGUGUCCAUCUGCUCAGCGGGACUGUCCUACAUGCGCAUCACCACCAACCCGGUGGAGCUCUGGUCGUCUCCCAGCAGCAGGGCCAGGCAGGAGAAGGACUAUUUCGACCAGCACUUUGGACCUUUUUUCCGCACUGAGCAGCUCAUCAUCACCACCUCGUGGAAUAAUUCGGGGUACUUUAUCCCCCAGUCUGGAGCACCCAUCCACUUCUCCCCCAUGCUGGACAUAUCACUCCUCCAUCAGGUGUUGGAUCUCCAGACAGAAAUAACAAAUCUAACAGCUGAGUAUAAAGGAGAGACAGUGACUCUUCAAGACAUCUGUGUUUCUCCACUGGCUCCUUACAAUGACAACUGUACCAUCCUGAGUGUGUUAAACUACUACCAGAACAGCCAUGAAGUCCUGGAUCAUGUGAAUAAGGACGAGUUCGAGAUCUACUUCAACUACCAAACUCAUUUUCUGUAUUGUGUCAGUUCUCCCACGGCCCUGGAUGACACAAGCCUCCUUCAUGACCCCUGCAUGGGUACAUAUGGAGGCCCAGUUUUCCCCUGGCUUGUUCUUGGUGGAUAUGAGGACAAUGCCUACAACAAUGCCACAGCUCUAGUGAUCACAUUUCCUGUCAACAACUACCUGAACGACACUGAAAAAUUAGGCAAAGCUUUGGCGUGGGAGAAAGUGUUUAUCGACUUUGUGAAGAACUAUAGCAACCCCAACCUGACCAUCUCGUUCAGCUCGGAGCGCAGCAUCGAGGAUGAGAUCGACCGCGAGAGCAACAGUGAUGUCACCACCAUCGUGAUCAGCUACGUCAUCAUGUUUGUCUACAUCUCGCUGGCUCUGGGACACAUCAAUAGCUGCCGAUCCUUGCUGGUGGACUCCAAGAUCUCUCUGGGCAUCGCUGGUAUCCUGAUCGUGUUGAGUUCAGUGACGUGUUCUCUGGGUAUCUUCAGCUACAUCGGCAUCCCCCUCACGCUCAUCGUCAUUGAGGUCAUUCCCUUCCUCGUGCUGGCCGUGGGUGUGGACAACAUCUUCAUCAUUGUGCAAACCUACCAGAGAGAUGAGCGAAUGCCGGAGGAAGAGCUUCAUCAUCAGAUUGGCCGGAUCCUCGGAGAUGUGGCUCCCAGCAUGUUCCUCUCUUCCUUCUCCGAGACCGUCGCUUUCUUUUUAGGUGCUCUGUCCACCAUGCCUGCGGUGAGGACGUUCUCUCUGUUCGCUGGUCUGGCCGUCUUCAUUGACUUCCUCCUGCAGAUCAGCUGCUUUGUGUCUCUGCUGGGCCUGGACAUCCAGAGACAAGAGGCAAAUCGGACAGAUAUAUUGUGCUGUGUAAAGUUGUCUGAUGGACCGCAAGAGAAAUCGGAAGGUUGUCUGUUCCGUUUCUUUAAGAAGAUAUACGCUCCUUUCAUCUUAAAGGAUUGGGUGCGCCCCCUGGUGGUUGCUGUGUUUGUGGGAAUGCUGUCAUUUAGUAUAGCCGUUGUUAAUAAAGUGGAGAUUGGACUUGAGCAGACUUUGUCCAUGCCUGAUGACUCCUAUAUGUUGGAUUACUUUAGGAAUCUGAGUGAGUACCUGCACACCGGGCCGCCCGUUUACUUUGUGGUAGAGGAUGGACAUGACUACAAAACAUCGGAGGGCCAGAACGCGGUGUGUGGCGGAGUCGGCUGCAACAACGACUCCCUAGUCCAGCAAAUUUAUGCCGCUUCUCUCUUGAAGAACUAUACUAAGAUAAGCAACGUCCCAUCGUCCUGGCUGGAUGACUACUUUGACUGGGUGAAGCCGCAGUCGUCCUGCUGCAGAUAUUACAACGCAACAGGAGCUUUCUGCAAUGCUUCAGUGGUGGAUAAGAGCUGCGUUCACUGCAGACCUAUGACAACUAGUGGGAAACAGAGGCCUAAUGGCACCGAAUUCAUGCACUUCCUCCCCAUGUUUCUCUCGGACAACCCAAAUAUCAAGUGUGGAAAAGGCGGUCAUGCUGCGUACAGCACUGCUGUGGCGCUGAAAGAGAACGGCACUGACGUAGGCGCCACAUACUUCAUGAGCUAUCACACCAUCUUAAAAACAUCAGCUGACUACAUCGACGCCAUGAAGAUGGUGCGAGAGCUUACGGACAACAUCACGCAGACCAUCACACCGCAUGACAAGAGUUACCGCGUCUUCCCUUACAGUAUAUUCUACGUCUUCUACGAACAGUACCUCACUAUCGUCCACGACACUGCCUUUAACCUUGGUGUGUCGCUGUUGGCCAUCUUUGUGGUGUCUACGGUGCUCUUGGGCUUCGAGCUGUGGUCGGCAGUGCUGGUGUCCUUAACCAUUGCCAUGAUCCUGGUCAACAUGUUCGGAGUCAUGUGGCUGUGGAGCAUCAGCCUCAACGCCGUCUCAUUGGUCAACCUUGUCAUGAGUUGUGGCAUAUCCGUGGAGUUCUGCAGUCAUAUAGUGAGGGCUUUCUCUGUCAGUACGAGGAGCUCGAGGGUGGAGCGGGCGGAGGAGGCGCUGGCACACAUGGGCAGCUCUGUCUUUAGCGGCAUCACCCUCACUAAAUUUGGCGGGAUCUUGAUUCUCGCCCUGUCCAAGUCCCAGAUCUUCCAGAUUUUCUACUUCCGCAUGUUUCUUGCAAUAGUCCUGCUAGGAGCCACUCACGGCCUCAUCUUCCUGCCGGUGUUACUCAGUUAUGCAGGCCCAUCUGUAAAUAAAGCAAAAGCAAUGGCUGCUCGCAACAGGGUGGUGGGUUCAGAGAGAGAGCGGCUCAUCUACUAACGGCUCCGGGCUUUGCAUUCCCAUGUUACACUCUUAGCAACACACUUCGGCAGACCUCUGGGUGUACAGAAGCUUUCCCUUUCAACACCCUCCAAAUAAACCGAAACUCUGAAGGACAGACGUGGAAGAUCCUUUCAGUAUUGAAAUCAUACAGUAAGGGGAGUGUGUAUGUGGAAGAGACACCAGUCAUUUCCCUAAAUGUGUGUAAACAUCCAAAGCAAGCAGUAACCACAUGUAACGCUGCAGUCAUUGCGGUAAACCAACCAAGACAACAAAGGAGGUGAAAGUAUCAAGAGGGCAACAUUUGUUUGUAUAAAUGUGUAUAACUAACCAUUUUUAUUUAUUUGUGUGAUUUUCAUUUUCAUUUUUUUGUUAGCAUAUUUCAUUUGAUGACUGUCAAAUUCACAAAUAAUGAAAGAACCGUUGACAAUGAGCCACGAUGGACAAUCUCUUGAUGUAUUUUGAUGCUAUGGUGAGAACAUGUUACAUAAGCGGCUAGCAGUUUUCUGCUAGCGCUACCAGAACUGUGGUUUUCAGGCAGUAAAACAACUUUAGUCUUAUCUAAUUAACUAAGUUGGGAAAAUGGGUUGCAGUGGUAUAUAAUAGACAUUACUUGUAUUUUUUUUAAAUGUUUACUUACAGAGUUCUAUGUUUUAGCAUUGACAUGCUAAGAAAGGGAGUGCUAGCAUUAAUGUAGUUACUUGAGCCUCUAGGCUAAACUGAGGUGUAUUUGACCAAAGCAUAAGUGUACAUUUUGGCAUCGCAGUCUGGUUUAAAGUCAUGUUGCUCAGGAUUUGUCUGCUUAAUUCAGUUACUAACACAAUAUAGCUUCAGAAAAGCUGCUAAACCGGUUUUGUACCUCAUACAUGUGGUUAGGGAACACUAUUGAAUUAAAGUAUGUCUGAGGCACAAAUGUGUUGGCAUACUAAUAAAUGGUUAUUUUUUUAUGACGAUAAGUUGGGAUUGAUGUGGACUACUGGGUAUGAUGUGAUGUUCCAAGAACCAUUUCCACUUAUUGUAAUUUAUGAAAACUUAUCCAUAGUUUCUUGUUUUAAAGAUUGAUUGUGUGUGUGUGUGCUUCAUGAAUGUAACUGUCUAACUUUAGGAUGUGCUUUAUGGGGAACAGUCCUUGAUAUGAAGAAUUUUGGAAAAAAGUAUACUAAUUUGUAAUAAAAUAUAAUUUGUUUGA